CUUAAGUGAGGGAGCCUUGUGACUCUCUCAGCAAGACUCUAGCUGAGCCGAAAUGGACAAGGCUGAGCAAGCCCCGCACCCAGUCCCAGGAUGAGACCAGUUUAGCCAGGGAAAGAUCACCUCUGCUCCCUGUAUCUACCUCUGAGCAUUAGAUCCUGUGACGGGACCCCAUGGAUGCGGCUGGGGCCCCCUGCUCCAGCCGGGAGGCGCUGGCAAGGGAGCUGAUUCUGGCCGCACUAGAAGACUUGAGCCAGGAGCAGCUGAAGCGCUUUCGCCACAAGCUGCGGGAUGCGCCCCUGGAUGGCCGGAGCAUCCCUUGGGGGCGACUGGAGAACUCAGACGCUGUGGACCUCGUCGACAAGCUGACCCAGUUUUAUGGGUCAGAGCCAGCCGUGGAUGUGACCCGAAAGAUCCUGAAGAAGGCGGAUGCUCGAGAUGUGGCAGUGCGGCUCAAGGCGCAGCAGCUGCAGCAACUCGGCCCCAGCUCAGUGGUUGUCUCCCUGUCGGAGUACAAGAAGAAAUACCGCGAGCACGUGCUGCUACAGCACGCUAAGGUGAAGGAGAGAAACGCCCGCUCCGUGAAGAUCAACAAGCGCUUCACCAAGCUGCUUAUCGCGCCGGGGAGCAACGCCGUGGAGGAUGAGCUGCUGGGGCCGUCGGAGGAGCCGGAGCCUGAGCGCGCGAGGCGCUCGGACACGCACACCUUCAAUAAGCUCUUCCGGGGAGAUGACGAGGGCCUGCGGCCGCUGACCGUGGUACUGCAGGGUCCGGCGGGCAUUGGCAAGACCAUGGCCGCCAAGAAAAUCCUCUAUGAUUGGGCGGCAGGCAAGCUAUACCACGGCCAGGUGGACUUCGCCUUCUUCAUGCCUUGCGGCGAGCUGCUGGAGAGUCCGGGUACGCGCAGCUUGGCAGACCUGAUCCUGGACCAGUGUCCGGACCGCAAGGCUCCGGUGCGGCAGAUACUGGCGCUUCCCCAGCGCCUACUGUUUAUCCUGGACGGUGCAGACGAGCUGCCUGCUGUUGCAGCCCCGGAGACCGCCCCCUGCAAAGACCCUUUCGAGGCUACGAGUGGCUUGAGAGUGCUGAGAGGACUGCUGAGCCAAGAGCUGCUGCCCUUGGCUCGCUUGCUGGUGACUACACGCAAUGUCGCCCCGGGGACUCUGCGGGGCAGACUGGGCUCGCCACAGUGCGCAGAAGUACGCGGCUUCUCAGACAAAGACAAGAAGAAGUAUUUCUUCAAGUUCUUCCGGGACGAAAGGAAGGCAGAGCGCGCUUACCGCUUUGUGAAAGAGAAUGAGACGUUGUUUGCGCUGUGCUUCGUGCCCUUCGUGUGCUGGAUCGUGUGCACGGUGCUGCAGCAGCAACUGGAGUUGGGCCAGGAUCUGUCUCGAACCUCCAAGACCACGACAUCGGUGUACCUGCUCUUUAUCGCCAGCAUGCUGAAGUCUGCAGGCACCAAUGGACCCCGGGUGCAGGGAGAACUGCGCACGGUGUGCCGUCUGGCCCGGGAGGGCAUCCUGAAGCACCAAGCACAGUUCUCAGAAAAUGACCUGGCGCAGUUGAAGCUUCAGGGCUCGCAAGUUCAGACACUGUUUCUCAGCAAGAAAGAAGUGCUGGGCGUUCUAGAAAAGGAGGUCACCUACCAGUUCAUUGACCAGAGCUUCCAGGAGUUCUUGGCUGCAUUGUCCUACCUACUGGAGGCUGAGGGGGCUCCAGGGGCACCCGCGGGAGGUGUGAAGAUGCUCCUGAACUCUGACGCAGAGUUGCGUGGUCAUCUUGCACUCACCACUCGCUUCCUCUUCGGACUGCUGAGUGCAGAGAGGGUUCGUGACGUUGAACGUUAUUUUGGCUGUGUGGUGCCAGAACGCGUGAAACAGGAAACCCUACGGUGGGUGCAAGGACAGGGCCACCCCAGGGUGGCUCCAGUAGGGCCAGAAAAGAAUGAUGAGCUGGAGGACACUGAGGAACCAGAGGAGGAUGAGGAGGACCUCAACUUUGGACUGGAACUGUUGUACUGCCUGUAUGAGACACAAGAGGAUGCUUUUGUUCGCCAGUCUCUCACCAGCCUUCCAGAGAUAGUCCUGGAGCGAGUUCGGUUCACCCGCAUGGACCUCGAGGUCCUGGGCUACUGCGUCCGGUGCUGCCCAGCUGGUCAGGCUCUGAAACUGGUCAACUGUGGGCUGGUGGAGGUAAAGGAGAAGAAGAAAAAGAGUCUGAUGAAGCGGCUGAAGGGUUCUCAAAACACCACAAAACAACCCUCAGUCUCCCUGCUGCGUCCACUCUGUGAGGCCAUGACGUCCCAACAAUGUGGCCUGCGUAUCCUGAUCUUUUCACGCUGCAAACUCCCUGAUGCAGUUUGUCGAGACCUCUCUGAGGCCCUGAAGGUAGCUCCUGCUCUCAGGGAGCUGGGUCUCCUCCAGUGUCGGCUCACUGAGGCAGGCUUGCGUUUACUGAGUGACGGACUGGUUUGGCCCAUGUGCCAGGUGCAGACACUCAGGAUGCAAAUGCCUAACCUCCAAGAAGCAAUCCAGUACCUGGCCAUCCUGCUCCAGCAGAGCCGGGUCCUGACCACCCUGGAUCUCAGUGGCUGUCAGCUGCCUAACUACAUGGUGUCCUGCCUGUGUUCAGCCCUGAAACACCCUAACUGCUGCCUAAAGACACUCAGUCUGACCUCUGUGGAGCUGAGUGACAUGUCACUGAGGGACCUUCAAGCUAUGAAGACAUCAAAGCCAGACCUGACCAUCCUACAUCCAAAACUAGACACACAUCCUCAGCCUCUCAAGAGAUGAAGCAGUAUCUUCCGAGGCCCUGGAAGCCAGAACAGGGUAAAUGAUGCUGUAAUAAAAGCCCUUAUGAAGAUGUCCUCCCCAUUCAAAAGCAGGAAGAUGCCGGCUUCUCCCUCAAGGCAAGUCUUUCAAGUCAAGAAGCCAUAGAAGGGCAAACAAAAGACCCAGGUAGAUAUAGGCCCUUGCUGGCUCCUGGUACAUGUCCUACCAUGCCUUGGACACUCUGAGGUUAGUUUUUCCCCCAGCCCCACAACCACUGCUAUCUUACUUUCUGUACCCUCCAAUCUGUCCCUUGCAGAUAAUCCCAACAAUAAUAAGAAUAUUCAGUAAUUGAGCAUAUUGUUUAAUGGAGUUACUCAUAUUUGAUCUGGCCCACAUCUCUCGUAUAGGUGGAUGCAGGGCCCCAGAGUAUUACCUUCUAUAGGCAGAAGGUAGGUGGAUCACCAUUCCAGUCUGGAAUUUGGGGUGUUGGCUUUUAGAAGGAUGUCAUUCUGGAAACCUUGGGACUUUAACCCAGAGGAAUCCAUUUGCUGCAGGGCAAUGAGCCAAAAGAAUGACAGCUUUAUUUGAUGAUGGGAGGGAGCUGGGGCAACACAAUGGAUGUCUCCAACACAAUAAUGAUUUUUUGAUUCCCUUUCAUUGAUCUCUGUAACACUUGUCUAUCAAAGUAGGUGUUGGCACGACCUUUCCUAUAGCCACAUAUACAGGGCAAGGUUUAGUCACAGUCCACUACUGAAGAAAUGGGCUUGGCAUGCUGGCCUGACUGCAAGAGAGGUGUGGCCUUGAGAAUCAGGACAAGCCAUGCAAGCCCCUUCUGUCUGUAUGUUGCUUCUAUUGGUUAAUGAAUAAAGAACUGCUUUGAGCCUAUGGCAGGGAAGAACAGAACUAGGCAGGAAAAGCUAGGCUGUAUGCUGGGAGGAAGAAGGGUGGAGACAGGGAGAUGCCAUGUAGCCCCACCGGAGACCAGACACUGGAACUUUAGCCGGUAAGCCACAGCCACGCGGCCAUAUACAAAUUACUAGAAAUGGGUUAAACUAAUAUGUAAGAGUUAGCCAAUAAGAAGCUAGAGCUAAUGGGCCAAGCAGUGAUUUCAUUAAUACAGUUUCUGUGUGAUUAUUUCAGGGCUUAACAGCCUCCCUUCCUCCUCAGUACAAAUCGGCACCCAUGUGGCCAACUAAAAUCCACUUAAAAACCUGAGAGAGCUUGAAAAUGAAUUCUAGACAUAAAAGAACAGAGUUUAGUGGUUUCUUGGUAGCAAUAAUUUUUUUCUAGAUGGGCUUGCAGCAAGUAAGGUGCCACAGGGCACAGUAAAAACUGUGCAGCUUCUUAAAAAAAAAAAGGCGACUUCCUGGUUCACUGGCACAACGGUUCUGGCUCUUUUGGGAGAUUCGGCUAUUAAACACUUAAAUGGAGUUUGUGGAUAGCAUACUGCAAGUUACUUGGUGGCAGCAUGGGCCUACUGGUUAUCAGAGUUGAGGUGGUGAGGAUGGCUCCCACCCAGCAGUCUCAGGCACUAACCGACUUCCACCAUGUUGGACUGUGUGGAGCAAGCAGGUAGUGCCAUAUUUCCCUUAGCAAUGGCACAGCUUAAGUUUUUAAGAAGCGCUUAGCAUUUUAAGAAGUGCUCCUGGACAAUAAUUACAGAUUCACAAUAGGAUAGAUUCAGACAUAAAAGACCUCUAAAUGGGUCACAGUGAUGGAUAAAUGUAUGUAGGCUUGGGAGAGUAAAGAGAGUUAUAAAAAGAAGUAAAUGGUUUUUUAAAAAAUAAAAAAAGUCUUUAAAGAGACUUUAAAGAGUAUAGAUAGUCAUAGAUUAAAAGGAGUAAAAAAAGAAUAAGUCACGUAAUGAUGGAAUAUACUGGAUUCUGUAUACUAUUGUGUUUUCUUUAAAUUUUUUGAUUGUGAAGAAGCUAAGUACAGAGAGACAUUUCAUUGUACAGGCUGCUAAACUAAACCAAUGUAAAGGUAUCUUGACUUUAAAAUUUGAUUCUAAGGAUAUGUUGCUUUGGAAAAGAGGUUCUUCUUUUAUUUCCACAGAGAAUGGGAACCUCUGGAUUGCUUCCAGACUAAUAUUGUUUGAUAGACCACAACCCCCUGAAAGGUCACCAUGAACACCCCUCAAAAAAUUACUUUGCCCAAUAGACAGCAGGAAGAAGUUUGGACAGAACUAUGCCCAUAUUCCCAAAUAUUGUCUAUAAAUGUUUAUUUACAUUUAAAGGGGGAUAUGUAAUGGAGAUGGAUACUUUGCAUUGGUAUGGAUCUUGUUUUAUUGAUACAAAUUUAAGGUCAAUUUUGUUAUACAUAUAUUUCUGCUCUUGAUUAAGGUACUAUGUUUGUGAAGCUCAUUUUAAAAUGUAAUGUAAAAUUAAGAAAUAAAAGUUAAUAGAUAAUCAUCUAUAAUAGUCAAGCUUUUCAUCAUGUUAGUUAGAUUUUCUAGAUGUAUAGAGAUAUAUUUCAGUUAGAUAGGUAUUCUUCAAAUCUUUCAGAGACCUUCAAAAUAUGGCAUUUAAAAUGUUUAAGAACUUAAAAGUUUUCAUGACAGUGAGACACAUCUGCUCCUGGCAACACCAAGCUCUUCAAGAAGAAGAUGGGCAUUGAAGAGUUGGUUGACCAUUUAGCAAGAAACUGCUCUUGCCUGGACUGCUUGAUAAACUGGACAUGUAGAACCCACAGAGAAAUGACUGCUGAACUUGCCUAAAGGUGAGAUGGUCCUUUCCUGCUACAUAAAGGAGUCUGCCAGACAUUCCGCAGGAUACAAAAGAAAGUGACUGGCAAACUGCCAAUAUAAGCAGAACUGUCUUUGAAAUUUCCUGCUUCAUGGAAAAGUCUGCUGGAUACAAAUAGGCCUAUAGGCUGAAGAUAGAUGCCCCAAUGGCACAGAAAAACUUUGGGUGACUAUCCAGGCAGUAAGAUGUCUUUGUCAAUUCUAGAGUUUUGGAAGUUGCUUAUAAUGUACUUCCUGUUUACUUAGGUAAUAUCAUAUCCUUCUGGAGUCUUUGAUGGAGUUGAAGAAUUUAUAGUUAUAGUUUAUCAUAUAUAGUUAUAUAUGAUAAAAGUUAAAGUAGAUAUAAAUAUUUUAACUGUAAUUCUUGCUCGAUAACUUUUGUUAUAUGUAGUUUUACUCUGUUAAUAUUAAAGCCUUCCUUUUUGUUUAAACAGAAAAGGGGAAAUGGUGUGGGAGGUCCUUCUGUCUAUGUGUUACUUUUAUUGGUUAAUGAAUAAAGAACUGCUUUGAGUCUAUUGCAGGGAAGAACAGAACUGGGCGGGGAAAGCUAGGUUGUAUGC